AUGACAGAAACAACUGAGGCAAAGCCUCGAAAGCUCAUCCCCAUCUCCCAGCCCAUCUCCGUCCUUCCCAGCGACAUCGCCCGCCUCUACACCCACCUCCACCCCAUCAUUAUUCUCACUGUUUACUACUUCUGCUUUCCCUAUCUGGUCGCCGACCCAGUGUCGGUCCUCUUCAAGGCUCUCGCUCCUCUUGCCCACCUUCAGAUUACAUACUGCGUGGUCUGCCUCCCUCAGUCCUCCGGCGGCUCGACGCCUUCCCCUACGUCUUCAAAGGGCCCUACAACUCGGAAGCGUGUCCAAUUCGCCCAAUCCGCCAAAUCAAAGCCUACGUCUGUUGGGUCCAGGAUCACUCCUGCGAUUAUCUCCCUCCUCCUCUGCCUCUCGCUUUCGGCUCCGCUGCUGACCGUUAUACUCAUACUCUUCGGCGCCCCUCUGACUACCCAUUUCUGGCACAAUCUACUGUGCGCAACGCAUAUAUCGCUGCUGGGUGUCCUGCCCCUGUUCUACGUGCACGGCGUCAACGCGCGCAUGUGGAGGGAAAUAUCCGGAGCCUGUCUACCAUUUGACGAAGUAUGGGGAGGUCUGGUAGGGGCAGUAGUGGGAGCUUGGCUCGGUGCAGUACCUAUACCACUGGACUGGGAUCGAGAGUGGCAGAAGUGGCCGGUGACCAUCGUCACGGGGACGUACCUUGGAUGGUUUGUAUUCAGAUUUGCGGGUGAGUAUUUCUUGCGGGGGAAGAGGAUUGAGUUCGACUGA